UUUUUCAGUGUGUAACUUUGUUGUGCACGACAGAUGUUUGAAGACAGUCGUGUCGCCAUGUUCGUCGAUAGCGGCCAGCCUUAUCAAGAGAACUUAUCCUAUGGAACCAGUUAUAUCGGAGAGUUUACAGCGGUGUGGGCGGGGCCUUGAAGUGACGUCAGCGGCCUGUGACGUAGCCCUCGGGGUCCCGCUUGCGUAG